UAGCACCUCACACGCAACACCGCUUCCGCCGCCUUCUCCCGUGAGACGACGCAUCUGAUCCGCAACCCGUCGCGUGAUUCAAGUCACUGUCCAUCAAGUCCCUUUUCCGGGUGAAUAUGAGCAGCCCUUGGAACUGCUUCCCUCAGUUGUGCCCUCCUGGAAGCACUGGACCCCGGCGACCCUGAGUGAGCCCUGGAUAUCAUCCAUCAUAUCAAAAACAAGAAUCACCGGAAAAAAGAACGAGCAAGAAAAGGAAAAGGAGGAAAAAAGGGAAACAGCACCUCUACGAUACAUAACGACAAUCUUUAAUCAAGAUGCCAUCCCUAACGACCCCAGUGGAAGACCGUGUUAUUCACGACGAGCACAACGACUGCAUGACGGACGACGACUCUGAUUUCGACUUUGACGAGGAAUAUUUUGCCCGUACCUAUCAACCCCUGUCGAACCUCCCCACACCGCCCCCCUCCUCCCGCAAUUCGUCGGUCCCACAGAGCCCCCGAUCACUCGUGGAAAAUGGAGGACUUCUCGACUCGGAACUAUUAGGCCCUGCAAUUCACCUGGUCAACCUCAUCCCACCUGCUGCGUCCCUGGCGUUGCCUUCUGUGUCCCUCGUCCACGAGUUGCUCACGCGCACAGGCUUGAAGCAGGACGAGAUCGCUCUCGCCGUCUGUAUUCUAGAUUCUCUCAGCUCCAAGUUCGCGCUGAACUGGCGCCUGCGCUGUCCGCCAUCUCUCCGCGAAGGUUCCACCACCGGCACCGAGCAACAGCAACAGUCAAAGCGAUACACCCUUCCGGCAAACCCGGCGGCGGCAGCCGCCAGUCAACUCCACAUCGACUGCGUCAAGCCCGAGGUCAUUGUUUUGGGUGCGCUCGUCAUCGCCGUCAAGUUCCUGGAGGAUGCCCACGCGCCGACCCAAUACUACCGCUCCGCAUGGGGUAACAACCUGUGGACGUGCGAGCAGAUCAACAUCACGGAACGCUGCAUCAUGGAGGACCUGAACUACAGGAUCCUUCCCCUAUGGGAUGAGCGCUUGAUCGGGGAUGCGCUGAAUGAUAUGGAGCGCGCCGGAAGGCAGGCUCUGCUUCUUCCUCCCCCUGCGGCGGCGGCGCAAUCCCAGUACCAACCCCAAUCUCAAAAAGAACAACACAAGCGAUUUUUAAGCUUGGGCGCGGCUGUCUAUGGUCUGGGAUUGCAGUUGACACCGGCGGGAACGCCAUUGUCUGAAUGCAACUCACCGCCUGACUUCGACAUGGACGGGCAAUGAAUUGCCCCUCGGAGCCGAAAGGCACGAGGGAACGAUUUUUGAUGGUUUAUAAUUAGCCUCGGACUCCCAUUUGUCCAUUUUCC